AUGACCGUCCUGUCCAACAUAAGACCUUGGCAAUCGCCAGAAGAAACUCAGGAAGAUCUAGACUGGGCAAAUCUUACCAUUAUUGACUUGGCCCACUUUGAUGAACCUGGCCAGAAGCAAAUUCUUGCCAAUCAGCUAAAGGAGGCUCUGAACUCAGAUGGUUUCUGGGCUGUGAUUAACGGAGGAUUUGACCAAAAUGAUAUCAAUGAAGCAUUUGCCUAUGGAAGAAGUUUCUUCGAAGAUUACACUGAAGAAGAGAAGAAAGCGUUGGAAGUAGAUUUCACCACUGGAAACUAUUUUGGCUACAAAGUCCGUGGAAACAAGCCUGUUUUUGGCACCCAAGUCAGAGACAACACCGAAACCCUCAACAUUGCCAAAUUCACCAAAGAUGACACAUUUGCCGAAUACCACAAGAACAACUUCAUCCAAAAUAACCAUGAUAAGUUAGCCCAACUCUCUCGGAAGGUGUUUGAAGUUGCCCGUAAGUUAUUUAUAUUGUUUGCCAUUAUUCUCGAACUAGAUGAGAAUUAUUUUGUUGAUCGUCAUCUUUAUGACGAUCCCAGUGACGAUCUGCUUCGGUUCAUGAAAUAUCACCCAAGAACAAAAGAAGAAGACGCUCAGGUAGAGAACAUAUGGGCAAGAGCACAUACUGACUUUGGGAGUUUGACCCUAUUGUUCAACCAGGUGGUAGCUGGCCUACAGAUCAAGUUGGCUGACGGAGAAUGGAAGUAUGUCAAACCGGUCACUGGUGGACUUAUCUGCAACAUCGGAGAUACUUUAAAUUUCUGGUCUGGAGGAUAUUUCAAGACCACUAUUCACAGAGUAGUGAGACCUCCUGAAGAUCAGGUUAAUGCACCUAGAAUUGGAGCCUUCUAUUUCGUUCGUCCAGGAGACAAAGCCCAAAUACAAAUUGCCCCAUCUCCGUUAUUGAAGCGUUUAGGGUUAUACAGAGAAACCGAACCUAUUGGUGGUACGGAAUACGUGAGAAAGAGAGUCAAGGAUUACCAUGACGUGAAAGGUUAUAAUAAGCAGGCCGACAAGGUAUUCAAGUUGGGAGAGUUUGAGGUUAUUGACGGUUUUAAUUAG